CUCCUCCGGAUUGAUCCUAACUUCUGGUUUCCCAAAAAGGGAGGUCUGGGGAUGGGUUCCUGCCUGACGAAAGAGGGGCCAGAAACCCGGACCCCUGGGUCCUGGAGCUGACCAGCCAACUGGCAUGUAAUUCCAGGAUGGAGGAAUCGGGCAGGGCCUGCCCUACCAAUAUCUCCUCCCCCAGGCCUGGUCUCCUCACAGGACGCCCCCUCCCCGCUCUUCCUGCCGGGUUUCCUCUUGCCUUUUCCUGUCCCCCACCCAGCGCUGGGAGCUGGGGCAGAGGCAAAAGCUGAACGAGAGCAGUGGAACUACCGAGGCCAGGGAGCCAGGGCCUUCGGGUGCUGCCGGACCCGAAGCAGGGGCCAUGCUGUCUGGUGAACGCAAGGAGGGCGGAAGCCCCCGCUUUGGGAAGCUCCAUCUCCCUGUGGGCCUGUGGAUCAAUUCCCCCAGGAAGCAGCUGGCCAAGCUGGGGCGACGCUGGCCCAGCGCGGCCUCUGUCAAGUCUUCGUCUUCGGACACGGGGAGCCGCAGCAGUGAACCGCUGCUCCCGCCCCCACCGCACGUGGAGCUGCGGCGAGUGGGCGCGGUCAAGGCGGCCGGGGGAGCCUCCGGUAGCCGUGCCAAGCGCAUCUCUCAGCUCUUUCGGGGCUCGGGGACCGGGACUACCGGGUCCGGCAGCGCGGGAGGCCCUGGGACUCCGGGGGCCGCGCAGCGCUGGGCCAGCGAGAAGAAGUUGCCCGAGCUGGCGGCGGGUGUGGCCCCUGAGCCCCCACUGGCCACCCGCGCCACGGCGCCCCCGGGGGUCCUCAAGAUCUUCGGAGCCGGACUGGCGUCGGGCGCCAACUACAAGAGCGUGCUGGCCACGGCGCGCUCCACGGCGCGCGAGCUCGUGGCCGAGGCGCUGGAGCGCUACGGUCUAGCGGGCAGCCCGGGCAGCGGCCCCGGCGACAGCAGCUGCGUGGACGCCUUCGCACUGUGCGACGCGCUGGGCCGGGCCGCGGCGGGCGCGGGCAACGGCGAGUGGCGGGCGGAGCACCUGCGUGUGCUGGGCGACUCCGAGCGCCCGCUGCUGGUGCAGGAGCUGUGGAGGGCGCGGCCCGGCUGGGCGCGGCGCUUCGAGCUGCGCGGCCGCGAGGAGGCGCGCCGCCUGGAGCAGGAGGCCUUCGGGGCUGCGGACGGCGAAGGCACUGGCGCCCCCUCGUGGCGGCCACAAAAGAACCGCUCCCGGGCGGCGUCGGGAGGGGCAGCGCUGGCCAGUCCUGGUCCAGGGUCGGGAUCGGGGCCCCCGGCUGGGUCCGGAGGCAAGGAACGCUCGGAAAAUUUGUCCCUGAGGCGCAGCGUGUCGGAGCUCAGCCUGCAGGGCCGGCGGCGGCGGCAGCAGGAACGCAGGCAGCAGGCACUUAGCAUGGCCCCAGGGGCAGCGGAUGCCCAAAUCGGAUCUGCAGAUCCCGGGGACUUCGAUCAGUUGACUCAGUGCCUCAUCCAGGCCCCCAGCAACCACCCCUACUUCCUGCUGCUCCAGGGCUACCAGGACGCCCAGGACUUUGUGGUGUAUGUGAUGACGAGGGAGCAGCACGUGUUCGGUCGGGGCGGGAACUCGUCCGGCCGUGGAGGGUCCCCGGCCCCAUACGUGGACACCUUCCUCAACGCCCCAGACAUCCUGCCCCGCCACUGCACAGUGCGCGCUGGCCCUGAGCCCCCUGCCAUGGUGCGCCCAUCCCGCGGCGCUCCGGUCACGCACAACGGGUGCCUGCUGCUUCGGGAGGCCGAGCUGCACCCAGGCGACCUCCUGGGGAUGGGCGAGCACUUCUUGUUCAUGUACAAGGACCCCCGCACUGGGGGCUCAGGGCCCGCUCGGCCACCGUGGCUUCCCGCGCGCCCCGGGGCCACGCCGCCGGGCCCUGGCUGGGCCUUCUCCUGUCGCCUGUGUGGCCGCGGCCUGCAGGAGCGCGGCGAGGCGCUGGCCGCCUAUUUGGAUGGCCGCGAGCCCGUCCUGCGCUUCCGGCCCCGCGAGGAGGAGGCGCUACUGGGCGAGAUCGUGCGCGCCGCGGCCGCCGGCGCCGGGGACCUGCCACCGCUCGGACCCGCCACGCUGCUGGCGCUGUGCGUACAGCAUUCGGCGCGGGAGCUGGAGUUAGGCCACCUGCCCCGCCUGCUGGGCCGCCUGGCCCGACUCAUCAAGGAGGCUGUCUGGGAAAAGAUUAAGGAGAUUGGAGACCGUCAACCAGAAAACCACCCUGAGGGGGUCCCCGAGGUGCCCCUGACUCCUGAGGCUGUGUCCGUGGAGCUGCGGCCACUCAUGCUGUGGAUGGCCAACACCACGGAGCUGCUGAGCUUCGUGCAGGAGAAGGUCAUGGAAAUGGAGAAGGAGGCUGACCAGGAGGGCCUGUCCUCAGACCCACAGCUCUGCAGCGACUUGGAAUUAUGUGAUGAGGCCAUGGCCCUCCUGGAUGAGGUCAUCAUGUGUACCUUCCAGCAGUCUGUCUACUACCUCACCAAGACUCUGUAUUCAACACUGCCUGCUCUCCUGGAUAGUAACCCUUUCACAGCUGGGGCAGAGCUGCCGGGGCCAGGUGCAGAGCUGGGGGCCAUGCCUCCGGGGUUGAGACCUACCCUGGGCGUGUUCCAGGCAGCCCUGGAACUGACCAGCCAGUGCGAACUGCACCCAGACCUCGUGUCUCAGACUUUCGGCUACUUGUUCUUCUUCUCCAAUGCCUCCCUUCUCAACUCACUGAUGGAAAGAGGUCAAGGCCGACCUUUCUAUCAAUGGUCCCGAGCUGUCCAAAUCCGAACCAACCUGGACCUUGUCUUGGACUGGCUACAGGGAGCUGGGCUGGGCGACAUUGCCACUGAGUUCUUCCGGAAACUCUCCAUGGCUGUGAACCUGCUCUGUGUGCCCCGCACCUCCCUGCUCAAGGCCUCAUGGAGCAGCCUACGAACUGACCACCCCACACUGACCCCUGCUCAGCUCCACCACCUGCUCAGCCACUACCAGCUGGGGCCCGGCCGUGGGCCACCACCUGCCUGGGACCCUCCCCCCGCAGAGCGAGAUGCGGUGGACACAGGGGACAUCUUCGAAAGCUUCUCAUCGCACCCUCCCCUCAUCCUGCCCUUGGGCAGUUCUCGCCUGCGCCUCACCGGCCCGGUGACGGACGACGCCCUGCACCGUGAACUGCGCAGGCUCCGCCGCCUCCUCUGGGAUCUUGAGCAGCAGGAGCUGCCGGCCAAUCACCGCCACGGGCCUCCCGUGGUCACGCCUCCUUGAGAACCAAUAGCCAGCGAGCGCGCGAACCUUGAAACUUCAUGGGGGCUCCUACUGACUGGGGCCCGCCUGAGCGCAGAGCUUUCUGGGAGUUGUAGUUCUUCGUCCUGCAUGCAAUGCUGGGAGUCUGAGUUUUCGGGGAGUGGAGGGAAGGUGGGAAGAUAGGCUUGGAAUGUGAGUGCCAAGGAGCAAUAAAGAUAUUUGUGGUAUUGGCAA